AUGGUAGUCGUCCUUAUCCAGGCCCGCUACUUGGAUGAGCAGCCCCUGACGAAUUUUCUCACGGCCGUGUUCGAAACCCAGUACACCAUGAUUUACACCCGCGGCUUUUUCCAAUGCGUGCUGCCACGAAGUCUCAACAAGCGUGAGCGGAGGAUCCUCAGAGAGACUGUCCAGUUCGAGGGCUAUCAGGAAUUAUAA